AUGGAUGUCGCUGGGCUGUUCGCGGAAGUUGUCGCCUCUCGGAGUUAUGCUACCUUUGAGGAGUUCAAAACUGCGUUCAGCGCCUUUCAAGAAGCAACCGGAUUUGUGUAUGUAAAGGACAAUACUAACCGGUUCAAGGAGAACAGGCCCGAACGUUCCACUAUAAUCUACCGCAACAUUGUCUUCUGUUGCUCUUUCUAUGGUGGACGAGGAAUUCGAAAGAAAAGUGGUAGCAUGUGUCCGUCGCGCAUCAAAGUUAGCGGCGCAGGCGGCGUUCUGACCGUUUCUGAUUGGAACAUGGACCAUAAUCAUACGGUUCAGCCAAAAAACUUAAUGGAAGAUGAUCUGGACGCCGAAGGUUUCGAGGAUGUCGACUAUGCUCUUGCUGUGCCCAGCAGCGGAGCCAUUCAUGAUCUCUGGAGUGGUGACUCUGAUGCCAUUGUCUAUCGAAGAUCGCCGGGAUACGAAUUCGACUACCAGGACACGUCACCUCCCAAUAUUUCUGCUGCCUCCCACCUCUGCAAGGAAUCAGUCUUUUACGAUGAUCCUAUAUGA